UUGUCAUCGUUAACUCAAAACAAAAGUGCAAAAGGAAAAACAAAGUACAUUCACGGUCAAAGUCUGUUCAUUUUUGCUUUCUUUUCGCGUCACAUCCUUUUGCAUCGGAUUUGUGGCUGGUGUGUUCGACUAGCGUCAUUGUUUUGUUGUGCUAGGACAAAAUGUACCAGCCGUAUCUACAGCAAGCCGUCCAAUCCCUGCAGGGGCUUAGCUCGGAUGAGCUAAGAGAUCUGCUGGGCGACGACGAGAAGCUGGACGAACGGGUUAACGAAGCGUUGGAACCACUAGAAUCAUCAAAGGAUUUGAUUAUCGCUGAAAACCGAAGCCUCGCAGAGAAGAACUUGAAUUUUGAACCAAAGAUGGUCGAACUACGAUCGCGGGUGCAGGAACUGGCCGAUGAAUGCCGUACGCUAGGUGAAUCGGUGAAGGAAAAGUCGACACAACUGUCUUCGAAAUCCGAGACGAACAAUGCGGAGACAGUGCUGGCACUGUUGCAGACGGCCGCAGCAGAAAGCGAAGAGGAGUCAGAAAGUAUUGUGAAGCAGUUGCUCGACAGCGAACUACCAGUGGAUGCUUAUUUAGAGCAAUUUAUGAACAGCCGCAAAUUGAUGCACAGUCGGAAGCUGAAGGCAGAGAAGAUGACCGAACUGCUUCGUAGCAACAGACACACCACUCAAAGAUUUAAUGCGGGAUAUGGUCCAGCCUCGAUGCCCUACCCACCUUCAGACACAUCCGUUACUGGUGGUUUCUAUGUUCCACCGGGGAUGACAACGUCAAGCACUUCUGCUGUGCCCUACCCAGUGGGACCUACAUCGAUGCCGAUGCCGAUGGUCAUGUUCCGACCUCCACAAUUUUAGAAAAAAAAGCUUUCGUAUGCCUUUACCAAUACUGUGCUGUUGGGUGCCGUUGAAUCCCUUGGCUCGACCAGAUGCGGACGUUUGUGACAGAGAAGAGGGUGAGCCAUUGAACAAACGCUUUAUUGAUUGUUCUAAACGCUCAACGAAGAUUAGGGCCAUAUAAGCAUCUACGGAUAGGUUGCCACUAUGACACUAUAAAUGAAGAGUUUAAUUUGUUAAGUUAAAAUGAUAAUGGUGCAAAUGUGAUCGAUUUGCGACAAAAGUUUGCGCCUGAUAAAAACAGGCUGAAGCGUGAGCAGAAAUUAAAUAUAUCAGCGAAACGUUACAACAAA